CGCGCGCGGUCUCUCUCCCUCAGUUAUGAAAGUUUUCCCGACUUUAAGGUAAAAAACCCCGGAGUGAUUUACAGGCGGAUGAACCACCAGAUGGAUAUUUCUGGAGCUUCAGAGGAGAUGGCCACGCCUCAAACCUGUGAGAACCCUGCGGAGAGAAAAGCACCACAUACUCGUCUGAAGGAUGAUGCAGACGUUCAGAAAAUCUACUCCUUCGGGAGGAAAUUGGGUCAAGGAAGAUUCGGGGUCGUGUGUGAAGCCACUCACGUGGAGACGCAGAAGAAGUGGGCGAUUAAGAAGGUGAACAAAGCCAAGGCUGGGAGUUCGGGUGUGAAGCAGCUGGAGAGAGAAGUGAACAUCCUGAAGCAGGUGAAGCACAAGAACAUCAUCCACCUGGAGGAGGUGCUGGAGACCCCGGAGAGAAUGUACCUGGUUGUAGAUCUGUGUGAAGGUGAAGACCUGAAGAAACUCCUAAAGAAAAAGAAGUGUUUCAGUGAGGACGAGACCAGAAACAUCAUCAGCAGCCUCGCCAACGCCAUCGUCUACCUGCACAGACUGGACAUUGUUCACAGAGAUCUCAAACUGGAGAACAUUCUGGUGGACAGUUAUCACCAAAGCGACAAUCACACCAUCAUAGACAUCAAGAUCACAGAUUUUGGACUGUCCGUGCAGAAAGGUGGAGUGGGCAUUUGGAACAUGCUGUAUACCACAUGUGGGACACUUACAUACAUGGCACCUGAAGUGAUCAGCGGCUAUCCGUACAGCCAGCUGUGUGACAUGUGGAGCAUCGGCAUUAUCAUGUACAUGCUGUUAAGUGGAGAACCUCCCUUCAAGUCCAGCUCUGUGGAACAAAUGUUAGAAAUGAUUAAGAAGGCGGAGCUGAACUUCUCCGCUCCAGUGUGGAGCAGCGUCACUGAUGCAGCCAAAAUGGUGCUGAGCUGUUUGCUGAAAGCCGACCCCGCGCACCGCAUCACAGCGAGUGAGCUGCUGCACAACCCCUGGGUCAUGGGGGACACGUCCACAGAUGCCUCGCCCACCAACGUGCUGGAGAUGAUGCGUCAGUUCCGAAACGCCUCAGAGGAUGGCGAGAGCGAGGAGGUGAGCGAGGGAAUGGGCAGUCUCUCCCUCAGCUGCUCCCAGGACAGCGUGUUCGAGUCUGAGGCCUGCCCAGAACCUCCGUCCGUCCCUCCGACUGUUCCUGGACGUGCUCCAGCGCAGACACUAGGCCUUAACAGAGACACGAACGACAGCAACAGACAGCCCUGUGCAUCCAGCAAACAGAGAAAGAAGAAAUCCUGCUCUUCCUCGUCCAGCGGUGUGAAGAAGAACAGCUCUGCGCUGAAGACGCACUGUCAUCUCAGUUUGUGCUCGGUGCAGUCCCACACAGGUAACAGCCAGAUGAGCACAAAACACCACAAGCAAGAGAGCAUCAGUAAGGCCUCCUCUCCCAAACCAUUCACACAAGUGGAUAGCCCCGCCCCCUUCUCCACAGGCCACUCCCAAAUCUCACUGCCAGGACAGAGAAGAUCAGGUAGGCAGCGCACACCUUAGGGUCCGGUGGAGGAAACGCCACACCUGCCAGAGCGCCUGUUUUUGAUCCGUCUUUGAUCUUUGGAGAACUUUUACAGAAGGCACUGAUUGAACCUUAAACUUGAAAAGCUUUUGAAAAAAAUCAGCUCUCUGAUGCUUCAGGUUUGUUGAUUUAAGACUAUUUAAAGACUGUUAGACUGUUAAAGUUAGAACCGGCUUGUGUUUUAAAUUUAAAUGUUUUGCUUAAAAGUCCCAAAAAAACGUGUAUUUCUUAACAGGGUUUCAGGGUUUGAUACGUGUAGUAGUGUUUAAUCACAUUCACGCCUCACAUAAACAAGCACCACAACACAACCAAGCACUAUUAACGCCAUAAAUGCUAAUUUAAAUAGUUUCAAAAAGUUGCCAAAUCUCUUCUGUA